GGGGCGGGCCAAUCAUCUGCAGUGUCACGACAAUUUCUGUCCGUAUUAGGAACGGAACACAAAGGUGUCGCGUAGAGACGAAUAAAACACGUUGUAGGUACAGUGAGGGAAAACAAAAGGGCGCAUGUGCUGCCUUCGCCUUCAAAGCAGUUGCUGUGGAAAUUGGGCAUUUCGCGCUAUAUAUUUUGUGUUUUUUAUUAGUCUACUGAUCACUGGGAUGGCAGGAAGCCCUGACAACAAACAAGACGGCGGUGGCCCCCGGGAUCAAAUGGUUCGUUUCCACAGCUACUUGCACGGAGGGACCUCCAGCUUGCUGAGCACCCUACCCACCCUCAUUGUCUUCCCCGUCUAUAAAACAGUCUUCCGUCAACAAAUCCACAACACCCCUGUUCGCCAGGCUGUGGCACAGCUCAUCAAAGAGGGACCUGCAAAACUCUACAGGGGUGUGGCCCCACCAUUACUAAUGAGGACCCUGAAUGGCACGCUGCUGUUCGGCCUCCAGGACACCCUACUCCGCCUGCUCUCCCCGUCAUCCAGAAAUGCCCCGUUCACCUCGGCCCUGCCUGCUCUGGCUGGGUUUGGUGCAGGAAUGGUGGAAGCUGUGGUCUUUACCCCCUUUGAGCGUGUCCAAAAUGUGUUGCAGAACAGCCAGAACGACCGCCGCCUACCCACCGCGAAGAGCGUUCUCGUCAGGCUGGGGGCACACGGGCUGGCCUCAGGCUACUACAGAGCCUUGCUGCCCAUCACAGCCCGCAACGCUCUCGGCAGCUCCAUCUACUUUGGCUUAAAGGGGCCGUCGCGUGCUGUCGUGGAGGCACAGGGGCUUUCUCCGGGGGUUUCCUCUUUCAUCUCGGGGACGCUGACCUCCAUGGCCGUCAGCUUGACUCUUUACCCGCUGGCUGUGCUAGUGGCCAACAUGCAGAAACAGGUGGGAGGUGAGGUGAAAGGGGUCGUGGCGUGUUGGCGGAUGCUGUGGGAAUCUCGGCAGAAGAAGGUUUCUCUGCUGUACAGAGGAGGUUCACUGGUUAUUUUGAGGUCAUGCAUUACAUGGGGAAUCGCCACUGCUAUCUACGACAGGCAGCAGAAACGUUCAGGCUGAAAAAACACCAGUAAACAAUUGUUUGUAUUGUUUAUCGUUACGACAAACAUUUUUUUAACGUUCUGAGAAUGUUUUUAAAAAGCAUUACUGUGAGGCCAACACACAAGAACUUGCAGUAGCAAGUUCAAAAGACUACUGCCAGGACUGAGCUGGAGACCACGUAUUGAAACACCAAAGUUAAUAAAUACCUUUAUAUUAUAAAUAUGGGGAUGGUGAAUCAGGUGCUUUGCAUUCGUAUUGUCAUAAUGGGGUUCGGUUUACUGAUUAUUUGACCAGUUUAACUCAUCAAAGUAUGUUUACCUAUCAUAUGACCUGUUCAGGUUGAGUAAUGGACCAAUAUAAGGAACUAAAGGUCAGUAUAAGCUUCUGCUUUGAUCUUAUACCAAAUCCCUGUAAUUACUGCCUGAAUGACGGUGGAUGCAUUUUAUGGUGUAUUGUCAAGACAUUUUUUACCUGAAUGAAAUUUUGCAUGUGAAUUGACAUACUGGAAAAAAGUAUGAUUGGCCUU